AUGGCUCAGCAAAAGUGCUAUCGUGGGGAUCCUGCCCUGCACGAAUUUCGUGCUCAGGAAAUCCGACAACCUCUUCACAAUACCAUCCCGGAAGAGCUUCUGCCCCGGUUUGACCCUGUCUACGUCGAGUACUACAACAAGUACAAUGUUGGACGCCUGCAUACUCAUGAAGUGCCGAUAGAAGAGUAUCGCAAGGACCCGGCAAAGUACACUAUCUUCUAUGGCAACGAACCAGGGCCCGAUGUCUUCCGAAUCACGGAACAGCAAUGCCCCGUGGAGGGAGGAGAGAUCACUAUUCGCAUCUUCGAGCCAGCACCCAAAAUUGAUGAUCAGGGCCAGCCUGUGACGAGAGCGGCCUAUAUCAAUUUCCACGGCGGUGGAUGGGUUUUUGGAGGCCUCAAUACUGACCAUGAUUAUUGCAAAAGGCUCGUGUGCGCUCUCGAUGGGGAUGUGGUUGUUUUCGAUGUCGAUUAUCGGCUGUCACCUGAACAUCGGUUUCCUAUUCCCGUGGAUGAUUGCUGGGCGGCUUUCAAUUGGAUCCACUCCCAGAAAGCCGAUGAGUUCACACUCGAUCCAGACCGAUUCGCUGUUGGCGGUCCGUCUGCCGGAGGUCACCUCGCUGCUGUUCUCGGUCAUCUGUGUCGAGACGCGCAGAUACCUCUGCGCCUACAGAUCCUGAGCGUGCCAGUGUGCGACUUGCACAGUGUCUUUACACCGGAUGGUAAAUUCGAUCGUGAGAAUUGUCCUUAUGAUUCAUAUCGAGAGAUGGAGUUUACGCCGGCACUUCCUACGGCGCGGAUGGCAUACUUCCAUCGACACUUCCUAGGGGUGCCUCGACCGGCGGCAUCAGAAGAUGACUGGAGAAUAUCGCCGAUGCUCGCCCCCAAUUUUCAGGACUUGGCCCCUGCGCUGGUCUCAACGGCGGAGCUGGAUCCUCUACGCGACGAAGGAGAAGUAUAUGCGGCCAAGCUCGAGGCUGCGGGAAAUCGUGUCGAGUUGUAUCGAUAUACGGGUACACCGCAUACGUUCCCGUCACUUGAGGGGAUCCUGGAUAGUGGGCGUCUGUACAGGGAGAGGGUGAUCGAAGCGUUGAAGCGCGAGUUGCUCCACGGAUGA